UCUCAUUUCCUUUGCUUGUUACUUUUCUCAGUCUAGGACCGCUUGCUUUCAUCAAGUGUGCCUUUCCCAUCAUUGGGUCUUACUACAACGCAAUCAACUUCUCAUUUCUUCCCCAACAAACAUCAAUCGAUGAUUCCUAUACCACUACACCAUGUAUGACUCAUGUUUCCCCCAACAACGAUCGCUCGAGUUCCUAAACAGUCUGAUGGGACUCCGCUGUUGUUAGGCUCAAUCGAGAUUGAACCUCCUCAACCAAAGAACCACAGGCUACUGGGACUCAGCUGUCGUGAAGAAGGCUCAAUCGAAACCGAACCACCUCAACUGAAGACCAUUAGCAAGAAAGCACCUUCUCAUCCACCAUCACCACCUGCUCAUCCACCCUCCACCUUCACACCCACCAUCCUGAAUAUCUGUUGUACCAAUGGCCCGAAGAGGAAGCUAUCGUUCAACCAGAUCGUCGUUCGCGGCCGACACGCUUCGGCACGACAGAUGCCCGACGUUGGCUGGCGUAGCAAUUCCAAGGUGUGCUUCCUAGAGAUAGUUGCCAGGGCCGCGACGACGGUGCUGGGGGAGUACAGCCCGGGCUUAUUCAAGGUCGGCGUCGCCAUUAAUGAUUACAAGGGCGGGGAGGAGCCUGCCCAGACGGUGGAGCCGGAGGAUCAGAAGGACCAGGUGCAAGAAGCUCUGGCGACACAUACUUUGCGACAUUCGGAAGCAGACGUGGGACCUUGGCCUCGGCCGGGGAUACCACUUGUCGUCCGGCUCGAGCAGAGGCUACCCGCACCUAGCGAGAAGGAGGCCAUUGGGAAGAGGCGCACCAACUUGAUCAACAUACUGUUGAAGUUGGUUGUUUAUUCUUUCCAUGGCCGGGAAAAGGACUUUCAGCCGAGCGGGAUUAUGAUUCCCGUCAAGGCGCUGUCGGAGACGGUUGAUCCCGCGGAGGACUUGCAGGAGAUUGCAAGGGAGUUGUCUGCAAAGUGGGAGGACUUCCCCGCGCCAACCCCGAACCCAGAGGAUGAGGAGGAAGCAGUUGAUGAGGAAGCGGUGGUUGAGCAGUUCACUGAGCCCCCUGCCCACGGGGAUGAGGAAGAAGCGGUUGAUGAGGAGUUCAUGGGGUACGCUACGCACGAGGAUGAGAAGGAGGAGAACGAUGUGGAGACGGUUGAUCUCGGGGAGGGCCCCGCGCCAACUCCGGAGCCAGAGGAUGAGGAGAAAGCUGGGGAAUGCACCGAGCCUCCAGCUCACGGGGAUGGGGAAGAAGCGGUUGAUGAGGAGUUGAUGGAGUACGCUAGUCACGAGGAUGAGAAGGAGGAGAACAACCCACCAUCGUGGAUGAUCAGAGAGUGAUGGAGGUUUACGAGAAGGUGGUGGCGGAUGAUAAGACAUAAAUGGAGGUUUACGGAGAGAAGUAUUGAGUUAUGCU